AUGGACCACCCAAAGAUGUCCUUCCGGCCCUCAUUCAUUGAGCGGACCAUUAUCUCGAUAUUCCACCUCAUCAACAAUUUCGUGUCGUGGUUCAAGUUGCCCGCCAUCUUGGGGGCGCUGAAUCUCGCCGCCAUGCGCAUUGAGCUGCGAGGUUAUAAUCUCCACGAUGGCUACGCGUCCGCUUCUGCUCAGGGAAAUUCUCAAGAAGAGCCCAUGGAUGACGAACGCUAUCUGAAUGCACGUCACUCGGAUGGGAAGUUUAACUCGCUCGAACUUCCCCUCAUGGGCUGUGCUGGAAUGCGCUUCGGUCGAAACUUCCCAAGAAAGUAUUGCCAGAAACCGACAGAAGAUCGACUCUGGACACCAAAUCCAAGAGUCGUCAGCGAGCGCUUCAUGGCACGCAAACCGGAUGGCUUCAUCCCGGCCACAACGCUCAAUCUGCUUGCUGCUGCUUGGAUCCAGUUCCAGACACACGAUUGGUUCAAUCAUGAGCUGAGUGACGAGUCCUUUAAUAUCCCGCUGCCUGUUGGCGACCGAUGGUCGGACGGCCGUAUGGAGCUUCCUCAGACGAAGCCUGACGCCACUCUUGACCCUUUCGACCUCAAAUGCCCAGGGUACAAGAACUUGAACACCUCCUGGUGGGAUGGCUCACAGAUCUAUGGGUCAAGUGAGGAGGCGACUUCAAAGUUGAGAACCCGAAACCCUGAUGGAAAGCUGAUGUUUACUGAGAGCGGUAUAGAAGCCUUCCUACCCCAAGACAAAGAUGGUAAUCCCCUCACUGGCUUUAACAAUAAUUGGUGGAUAGGCAUGGAGAUACUGCAUACCCUGUUUGCUCUUGAGCAUAACUCCCUUUGCGAUAUGUUUCGAAAAGCAUACCCCAACUGGACUGGCGACCAGAUCUUUGACAAAGCUAGGCUGGUCAACUGCGCGCUAAUGGCAAAGAUCCACACAGUGGAAUGGACUCCUGCUAUUCUCGCACACCCUGCUCUUCAGAUUGGUAUGAAUGCCAACUGGUGGGGCCUUGCUGGUGAGACCCUUACAAAGCUGGCUGGGAGAAUAUCGAAGAGGAGCGAGAUCAUUUCUGGCAUUCCCGGUUCAGGGGUUGACCAUGACGGCAUUCCCUACAGCCUCACAGAGGAAUUUGUAUCCGUUUAUAGGAUGCACUCCCUCAUUCCCGAAAAUAUCGCCUUCUUUAACGCGAAAGAUGGGAAGCACCAAACCACAAUCCCUAUAGUAGAUAUGACAUUUAAGAAUGCGCAGAAGCCUUUUUCUAAAGGCCUCUCGUUCGCCGACAUGUUCUACUCCUUUGGCAUCAACUAUCCUGGAGCCAUUACCAACAAUAACUACCCAAAUUUCUUACGCGACUUGACUUCCCCGGAUGGCCUCCACCGGGACAUGGGUACUGUUGACAUCUUACGCGACCGUGAGCGCGGCGUCCCGCGGUACUGUGACUUUCGACGUAUGCUGCGUAUGCAUGUCCCGACUACAUUUGAGGAGCUGACUGGCGGCAACAAGGCGCUCGCCACAGAGCUCUCCGAGGUGUACAACGGAGACAUUGAGGCCAUCGACACACUGGUCGGCUCGCACAGUGAGCCUGUGAUCCCCGGCUUCGGCUUCAGUGAGACCGCGUUCCGCAUCUUCAUUGUCAUGGCAUCGCGGCGGCUCAAGAGCGACCGCUUUAUUGCUGGGCAGUGGAAUGCCAAGACAUAUACGAAAGAGGGUUUCCAUUGGGUGCAGCAUACGACGAUGAAGGAUGUGCUGAUCAGGCAUUUUCCUGAGCUAAAGGAGGCGCUAAAAAAGAGUAAGAAUGUGUUUGCGCCUUGGGUUCAGUUGGGCGAGUCGAAGAAGUAUCAAGGGUUUGAGACGACUGUUUCGGAAGUCGCCUGA